AAGGUAAUUCUGAAUACACUGUUUGACUUAAACGCCUGUUAUCAAGUUUGUCAGAGCUUUUAAUUUGGAAAGUAAUAACCGGAAGUAGAGUGAGGUUGGUCUUUUUUAAUCACGUGACUGUAAGGAGCGUAAAGAUGGUUGCCGCUGUAACUAAGUCAUACUCGGAUCGAUUGAGAACUUUCUGGUUCAUAUGUCCAAUGUUUCAUUGGAAAAACAUCCGUGAAUUAACAUGUUUGUUUGUUACCGUGUGUAUUUUGAUGAGGCAGUCGUUGGCAGACGACCGGGACUUUAUGGAGGACUUUUUGAAGCGGGAAUAUUCUCUGGCAAAGCCAUACCGUGGGUUGGGUUUCUCUAGUUCUUCACAGUGGGAUCUGAUGGGCACUGCUAUGGUUACACCUGACCAUGUGAGGCUGACCCCAGACCUGCAGAGCAGACAGGGAGCUGUGUGGAGUCGAGUUCCUUUCUUCGUGCGGGAUUGGGAGCUUAAGGUGCACUUUAAAAUCCAUGGCCAGGGAAAGAAGAAUUUGAAUGGGGAUGGCAUGGCUAUCUGGUUAACCAAAGAUCGCAUGCAGAAUGGACCUGUGUUUGGCAACAUGAACCAGUUCAUUGGUCUUGGGAUAUUUGUGGACACUUACCCCAAUGCCGACAAGAGCCAUGAUAGGGUUUUCCCCUAUGUAUCAGUGAUGCUGGGGAAUGGGACUCUGUCAUAUAACCAUGAUUAUGAUGGACGACACACUGAGCUUGGAGGUUGUACAGCUAUGACACGCAACGCAAUCUAUGACACAUUUCUCCUCAUCAGAUACUCCAAAAACAGGCUCAUGGUCAUGGUGGAUGUAGAUGGCAAGCAGGAAUGGAAAGACUGUGUUGACAUCUUAGGAGUGAGGUUACCUACAGGCUACUUCUUUGGUGCAUCCUCCGCCACUGGAGACCUAUCAGAUAAUCAUGACAUCAUCUCCAUGAAGUUGUACCAGCUGACAGUAGAGAGGACUCCUGAGGAAGAGGAGGAGGAAGAGGUCACCCUCCCUAGAGUUGACAACAUGGAACAGUUCCAAGGUAGAUGCACCAUGGCCCACUCCACUCUGUUGGCGUUAAAGUAAUCGAUUCUUUGUCAC